AUGUAUCACCGAAUUUGCAUUGGAGAUUUGAAUACAAACUCGAUCAAGAAGCUCAAAUAUUGCGGUGAAACGAGUAUCGACAUUUUUGCGAGAGAUUUAUACAAUUUAAUGUCAAAUGGAUGGCAAAAUUCGACAAACGGGAAAAUUUUCAAACCAAGUUGGCGACGAAAACCGGAAAAGAAAACGAAUGCCAAAUCGGGUGAAACGACAACGGACACCGAGUGCGAGCCGUUCACACAGAAAAAGCCUUUUUUAAGCAGGAUCGAAUCGAUCGAAAAAGAAUGCCACAAAAAAUCGUCUGCUGGAAAACGGCCGCCAAAGCAGAGGAAACUCGGCUCUGAUGAAGAGAAGACAAUAUUCGAGAAUGAAAAUCAAGACGCUGAGCCGGCUCGAGCCAGUAAGCGGAAAAACAUUGGACCUAUGGAGGCGAUGAAACGUUUGGAGAAAAAGCGAAACAGACGAAAACGAAGGGAGAUUGAGAAGACGCAAGAAGGAUGCGAGGUCGAGAAAGUCGAAUCAACCGAUCAAACAGAUAAGACGAACGCCAACGAGAAUCGGGAAUCCGGCUCGGAAGAUGGAAGUAGAGGGGGAAAGCGAGAAAAGACGAAAGUAACAUCGAAACAAGAACCUCCGCUGACGCUCGAACAACGAAAUGCUCAAUCAUCGCUGACGACUGAGCGAACCGAGAAAACCGAAGACAAGGAAAAGGAGCAAUCCGAGAAGACCGUUGAAGCACAGCCAAAGGCAGGGAAAACAUUCAUUAGAAGUGUUUUCUUCUUUCAA